CUCCAGUUGACGCACCGAGUCCGACGUCUACGUUGGGUUGUGGUCUUCGGUGGCAGCUAUGGGGCGGAGAGAGAGGGAGGAGGAGUGUGGAUGUCACCGGACAGGACUGCGGGGGGAAGACUAAUAAAAGUUUCAAUCAAACAAGCAACGAAACUGGAAGGCUGUUUUGUCCACGGGCCGGCCGGUGGGAGGAGGUGGUGGACAGCGUUAAGGUAGUUUUAAAGUCGCCGAGGUGGAGGGCGGCGUUGGAGCUCGGCCCGGUUGUUGCUGCUUUAACCUGAGACAACAUGGAGCUGGAGAACAUCGUGGCCAACACCGUGCUACUGAAAGCCCGGGAAGGAGGCGGUGGAAAUAGGAAAGGCAAGAGUAAAAAAUGGAAGCAAAUGCUGCAGUUUCCCCACAUUAGUUUGUGUGAAGAGCUGCGACAAUCCACAGAGAAAGACUACAGCAGCCUAUGCGAGCGCCAACCCAUUGGGCGCCUACUCUUCCGGGUGUUUUGCGAGACUCGACCUGAGCUGAGGCGCUGCGUCAAGUUUCUGGACGCUGUGGCCGAGUACGAGGUGACGCCAGAUGAGAAGAGGAGGGAGUGCGGCGAGGAGCUAAUUGAUGUAUUCUUCAAUCCAAAGGGAGAGGACCACUUGCCGGAAGUGGAUGAGACCAUGAAGACUCAAUGCGCUGAGCGGCUGCAUCAAGAGGCGUGCAAAGAGCUCUUCAAAGACUGUACCAAAUUGAUCCACGAUUUUCUGAGCAUGGCGCCCUUCGCGGACUACCUCGACAGCAUGUACUACAACAGGUUCCUACAGUGGAAAUGGUUGGAGAGCAGUUGCCUUCCUCGAUCACUCGCCUGGACUCGGACCUUGUUUGCUUGCCGCCUGCCCUCGACCUCCUGCCUGUCACCGGAUCUUCUUUGUGCCUACUCCUCCUUGAGCAGAUGCAGGGAACCAGUGACAAAGAACACAUUCAGACAGUACAGAGUUUUAGGAAAAGGGGGAUUUGGAGAGGUGUGUGCAUGUCAGGUACGGGCCACAGGUAAAAUGUACGCCUGUAAGAAGCUUGAAAAAAAGAGGAUCAAGAAGCGCAAAGGAGAGUCAAUGGCUCUCAAUGAGAAGCAGAUUCUCGAGAAAGUCAACAGCAGAUUUGUGGUAAGCUUAGCCUACGCCUACGAGACCAAAGACACUCUCUGUCUCGUGUUGACCCUCAUGAACGGAGGUGACCUCAAGUUUCACAUCUACCACAUGGGCGAGGCGGGUUUUGAUGAAAAAAGGGCGGUUUUCUAUUCAGCCGAGAUCUGCUGCGGCCUGGAGGACCUGCACAGGGAACAUAUCGUCUACAGAGAUCUCAAACCAGAAAACAUCCUGCUGGACGACCAUGGACACAUCAGGAUAUCAGACCUGGGCCUGGCCGUACACGUACCAGAGGGCCAGACCAUCAAGGGCCGUGUGGGAACGGUAGGAUACAUGGCUCCGGAAGUGGUGAAAAACGAAUCUUACACCUUCAGCCCCGACUGGUGGGCGCUGGGUUGCCUGGUGUACGAGAUGAUAGCGGGCCAGUCGCCCUUCCAGCAGAGGAAGAAAAAGAUCAAGCGUGAGGAAGUUGAGCGGCUGGUGAAGGAGGUGGAGGAAGAAUAUUCCAGCAAGUUCUCAGAGGAGGCCAAGUCACUCUGUAAAGCACUGUUAGCUAAGGACCCCAGCAUGAGAGUGGGCUGCCAGGGAGGAGGCCCUUCAGAGGUCAAAGCACAUCCCAUCUUUCGCUCCAUUAAUUUCAAUAGGCUGGAAGCAGGCAUGUUGCAAGCCCCUUUCAUUCCUGAUCCACAGGCCAUUUACUGCAAAGACGUGCUGGAUAUCGAGCAGUUCUCUACCGUUAAAGGCGUGGAGCUUGAGCCAAAAGACGAGUCCUUCUACAGCAAAGUGUCCACAGGCAGUGUUUCAAUUCCCUGGCAGAACGAGAUGAUAGAGACUGAUUGUUUUGCCCAGCUCAAUGUUUUUUACCCGGAUGGGACGAUACCACCUGACCUGGAUUGGAGAGGGCAGCCGUCUCCGCCACCCAAACAGGGGCUGCUGCAGCGGCUGUUUGGUAGACAGGACUGCUGUGGCAACUGCAGUGACAGUGACGAGGAGCCAACCAGGCUGUGACACAAAUCACAUUCCAUUCGUUUACAACUUUUUGCACAUUUAUAUAGAUAGUCGAUCUCUAAAUGUCAGAAUUUAUUUUCAGCAUAGCCAUUAUGUUUUAAUGUUAUUUAAAAAAGAAAAAAACUUGUAAAAUAUCAGCCGAGAUUAUUUUGCGGAGGAAACUCAUUUCGGCCGCUUGUACCCGUGAUCUUAUCCUUUCGGUCAUGACCCAAAGCUCAUGACCAUAGGUGAGGAUGGGAGCGUAGACGACCGGUAAAUUGAGAGGUUUGCCUUCCGGCUCACCUCCUUCUUCACCACAACGGAUCGAUACAACGUCUGCAUUACUGAAGACACCGCACCGAUCCGCCAGUCGAUCUCACGAUCCACUCUUCCCCCACUCAUGAACAAGACUCCUAGGUACUUGAACUCCUCCACUUGGGGCAGGGUCUCCAACCCAACCCGGAGAUGGCACUCCACCCUUUUCUGGGCGAGAACCAUGGACUCAGACUUUGAGGUGCUGAUUCUCAUUCCGGUCGCUUCACACUCGGCUGCGAACCGAUCCAGUGAGAGCUGAAGAUCCCGGCCAGAUGAAGCCAUUAGGACCACAUCAUCUGCAAAAAGCAGAGACCUAAUCCCGCGGCCACCAAACCGGACCCCCUCAACACCUUGACUGCGCCUAGAAAUUCUGUCCAUAAAAGUUAUGAACAGAAUCGGUGACAAAGGACAGCCUUGGCGGAGUCCAACCCUCACUGGACUUCGCUUUCUUAAUUUUGGCUAUUUUAUUUCUUCUAAUUAACACUUCUUAAGUGUGUAAUGAAGUCGUCUGCAGAGUUUUUUGUAUACAUCUAAAAAAAAUCAACAUGGAGAGAAUCUUUACUGUCAGAUACAAGAGGAUGCAACUGUACAGAAUGUGCCUAUUUAGCCUACUCUGCUAAAGUUUUUGGUUGAAAAUAUGUACUCAUUGGACUGUGAGAAGGAAGAUAUUAGCGCCUCAAUGGUGUGACUUGCAAAUGUUGUCAGGAGCCAAAAGCACAUUCCUUUUUGAAGAAACUGUCAAAAACACCUGAAAUAAAAUACUUUAUGUACUUAUCUAUAAA